UAUUUCGCCUGAUAGCACCUGCCUCUUUUGUAACAUAUCCUUCAUAACCUCAUCUUGGCUUACAUUAGGUGAAUGAGAUAACAAUCGAUUAAUCCUACCCCUCUUCUGUUGAGCCGAAUGGGAAGGAAAUCAAUAUAGUACGACUGACUACAAAAGCCAACUUAUUCCCAUGUUCUUGUAUUCUCCAAGUUUCACUUCAACACCUUUAAUCUCCCAGGUGUCCCCUUAUUGAUACGUCUUCGUAGAUCCUUCAAGGACUCAAACUUGUGAGUGAUCACUAUCAUCAUACCGUCAAACUCUCCAAUAUAGCUAACGAAUCGACCUUUGCAGAUCAAGAUGAAGUUCUCUCGUGUGCUUUCUGGCUUGGCAAUAUGUAGCUUAGCUGCAUGUGAGUCUUCCCUGGAGCUAUUGGAAUCUCUUCGUGAGAUCCCACAAGGUUGGAUUCAACUCGAAAGACCUAGUCCACUCAAGACAAUCAAACUUCGAAUCGCUUUAGAACAACCAGAUCAUGAGCUUUUCGAACAGAAACUUUAUGCUGUUUCAUCUCCUGAUCACGUUGAAUAUGGCCAACAUUUUGACCGUGAGGAACUCAAGAGAUUCAUCAAGCCAGCUGAUGAAACUACUCAUGCCGUUCUUUCCUGGCUAGAGGAAUCUGGUAUCUCGGAAUCGAAUAUCCAAAAUGACGGGGAGUGGAUAAAUUUCCGAACUUCAAUUUCACAAGCGGAACAGAUGUUGAAUACUACCUUCCAUUACUACGUUCAUGAAGACAUGAAGAACAAUAAGCAAAUUCGGACGUUGGAAUACUCAGUCCCACAAGAGAUCUCCAAUCACGUUACAAUGAUUCAACCAACAACCAGAUUUGGCCAAAUUAAAGCACAAAGGAGCCAAAUGUUUCGUGAGGAUUUUUCAGCUCUUGCUUUGCCAUCGCUUGAUGCUACUGCCUGCAAUGUUACAAUUACUCCUCAAUGUCUCCGAGAUCUUUACAACAUCGGUAAUUAUACAGCUAAGGCCAACCCCGAGUCACGUCUAGGUGUUGCUGGAUACUUGAGUCAAUGGGCAAAAUAUGAUGGUCUAGAGGCUUUCUUGGAGAAAUAUGCUCCAUAUGCUAUUGGCCAGAACUUCUCUUACGCUCUCAUUAAUGGAGGAUUGGAUACACAAAACUCAACACUCGAUGAUGGAGAAGCGAAUUUGGAUAUGCAGUAUGCUGCUUCCAUAGGCUUCAAAACUAAUAUCACCUAUUACAGUACAGGUGGACGAGGGCAGUUAAUUCCGGAUCUUGAUCAGCCAACAUUAGACAAUAACCAAAAUGAACCAUACUUGGAUUACCUCAACUAUAUUUUAGGUCUACCAAAUAACCAACUACCACAAACAAUCACAACCUCAUAUGGCGAAGACGAACAAUCCGUACCAGAAGCUUAUUCCAAAACUGUCUGUAAAAUGUUCGGUCAGCUAGGUUUAAGAGGUGUAUCUAUCCUAUUUUCCUCCGGUGAUACCGGUGUAGGCUCUGCGUGCCAAACGAACGAUGGAAAGAACACAACACGUUUCUUACCAAUUUUCCCAGCAGCUUGUCCUUAUGUCACCUCAGUAGGAGGAACACGAUAUGUCGAGCCAGAAGCCGCAGUUUCUUUCUCAUCAGGUGGAUUUAGUGAUAGAUGGCCAAGACCUUCAUAUCAAGAUGAUGCCAUUAAGGGUUAUUUGAAAAUUUUGGGAGAUAGGUGGAAGGGUCUUUACAACCGAAAUGGUAGAGGAUUUCCCGAUGUUGCAGCUCAAGGUGUUAGGUUCCAUGUUGUGUUAGUAUUUUCGAAUCCUCUGACAAGUCAGUUUUUGGUACUAACAAAAGAUCUCAGGGAUGUUAACUCCAUCACCGGCGUCGCAGAAGAUCAACUACUUUCUGGCACCAGGUAACUAUCUCCUAUUUCCAUCUUCUUUACUCUUUCAAUCCCGCCUGCUUCACUUCCCUUCCCCACACAAAACUAACCUCAAUUUAGUGCCUCCUCCCCAGCUUUCGCAGCAGUAAUCUCCCUCCUCAACAACGCCCGUCUAAACGCCGGUCGUAAACCCCUCGGGUUCCUCAACCCUUGGCUCUAUUCCAUCGGUAAACAAGGACUCAACGACAUUGUAAACGGUGGUAGCACGGGUUGCACAGGUAAGGAUAUUUACUCUGGAUUGCCUGCGCCAUUUGUCCCAUAUGCUAGUUGGAAUGCUACGAAAGGAUGGGAUCCGGUUACUGGGCUUGGAACCCCGGAUUUCGCGAAGCUUUUGAAGUUAGUUGAGAGGUAUUAGAGGGCAGGAAUUGAUAUUGUUGAUUUGUAGGAGGGGAUAGCAUUGGGUGGAUAGGAUAGGUAGGAUAAUAAGAUCAAUAACAUAAUUGAAAGAAAGAAGAUGGGAAGGAGCUAGGAUAGGAAUUAAUAAUGAUUACCUAUAAUAUCAAAUCUUACACAUUAAUAGAACAC